AUGAGAUUGGUUGACAUUUUAUUCGUAUUGACUGCGGCAGCAACCGUUAAUGCAAUAUUGAUCCCGACUGGUAACGAUGGCUCACCCCAAGCAUCAGGCACUUCGAGUCAAGUGUCUGGUCCAAGCAAUGAACCCGAUCCAGAAAUUCUCAACCAAGACUGGCAAGAAGUAAUGGAUACAAUUGAUCCAAGCACUCUUGACAAAGACUGGAAAGACUUAUUUGAUCUGAUUGAUCCGAGUACAUCCGACCAAAAUCAGCAACAUUCAAUCGAUGAACCCAAUCCAAGUACUUCCGACGAAUACCGGAAACGAUUAUUUGAUAUAAUUGAUUCAAGCAGUCACAAACGAGGUCAGAAACGCCCAAUUGAUGAAUCCGGUUCAAGUACUUCCGAUCAAAACCAGCAACACCCAAUAGGUCAACCUGGUUCGGGUAUUUCUGAAGAAUACUGGAGGCGAUUAUCUGAUGUAAUUGAUUCAAGCAGUCACAAACGAGGUCGGAAGCGCCCAAUUGAUGAAUCCAGUCCAAGCAGUUCCAAACGAAGUCGAAAACAACCAACUGAUCGGCCUAGUACAAGUACUUUCAACCAAGACCAGCAACAAUCAAUUGAUGAAUCCAGUCCAAGCACUUCCAACCAAGACCAGCAACAAUCAAUUGAUGAAUCCAGUCCAAGCACUUCCAACCAAGAUCAGCAACAGCCAAUGGACGAAGACGAAUCCAAUAAUGCUGUUACAAAUCAAGUGGCUGUAUUAAGCCAAAAAUAUCAAAAAAUCCUUGAUCGUAUAAAGAAAAGAUUUGUAGAGUCUAAAAUAGUACGAAACAAAAAACGCAAAGAAUAUUAUGAAUUUACGGGUCUUGAAUACAGGCAAUGGCCAAGAUCAGCAAUGGGGAAAAAAACAUCUGAAUCAAAGUACGAUCCAAAUACUGAAAUUCGGUUGAGACAAGAGUAUGUAGCGGCAAGAAUAAGAGUAUGCAGUAUCAGACAAGAAUUGAAAAGGUUUAUGAUAAAGCAUGGUUUGGAUUUUGAAGAGCCGAGUUCAGAUUUGGAUUGA